AUGAAUUGCACUUAUCAUUUCAAAAGUCCAAUAUCUAUGAUAUGCAUAGCUCCUCACAAGUGCUAAAGGAAACUUUGUGUUCAAUGCCUUUAUGACCAUGGAGUGGAUAUUAUAAAAACAGUUCCAAUUGAAAAAUUUCAAAAAAUGGCUAUGUAGAAAUUAAAAGACACUAAGCUUGACGAGAUAUCUAAGUUAACCUAAUAGAGAAUGGCCUUUAAAGUCUUACUCUCUCAAACCGAAUAAAUGCUGAAGAAAAUUUUGGAGGAGUUGUCACAAUCAAUCAAAUCAGUAUACGAUUGGAUUGAAAAGGAAAACUAAUCAUUCAUUAAUAUCAUCAACAAAAAUAUAAAUCUAGUUGAAUCAUCCUACAUUGAUAUAGAAAAAUUAGUCAACAUUGAAGAAGGAUCAACUUUAAAUGAUUGGAAUGCUGAGAAAAAUUCUUAUAUGAUAGAAUAGGAUAAGAAGAAGAAUUGGUGGGGCCAGCAUAUUUAAGCUUUUAUAGAAAAGUCCAAGAAUGGAAUUGAAUAAAUUCAAUCAUUAUAUAAGUAAGUAUUUAAACAGUAUCUCUAGUGAUGAAGAAGAAUAUUAAAUGUGA